AUGGCUUACUUCAAGAGCGCCGCGACGAAGGUGUCGCAUAGCUCGACCUUCGCCAUUGGCGGAAACAAGGACCUGCGCCCACUUCAAGAUCUCAUCACCGCUGAGAAGAACGUGUUAACAUCGCUUGUCAAACUUAGCACGGACCUCACGAAGGCGACCGAUGCCUUGCAGCACUGGGGACAAGGAGAGGGGGAUGAUCUUGGUGAUGUCCUUAACGGGUGUCAUAAACUCCUUACUCGCUUCGCUUCUUCUGUAUCCCGCUACGCUUCCCAUGAGCAAGGCAUACGUGAUCACAUGAAGGCUGUUCGUGCCCGUGAGGAGAAUCUCGAUCGGUUGAAGCAUCAGCGCCGGCAGGUCGCGAGCAAGGCGGAUGCAGCGGACAAGAAACUUAACAAAAUGAGCCCGGAGAACAAGAACUUGCAAGCGCAGACAGACCUGCUACUCGGUCUGCGUAAUCAGACAAGAGAUUUAGACGCGGAGAUUCUUGCCGAAGAGGCUUCUUUGGGCGACUUCAAGCGCGAGGCUACGCGCAACUGGAUGACUCUCAAGUUUGGCGGACUUCAAGAACUUUGCGAGAAAGGGCUGAUCACCGCAGACUUCGGCAAGCUGAUCAUAACGGAACUUCCGAUUGAGACGACACAACCUGGCACGACGCGCGGUUACUACCUCGGACACUCUCAGACCGAGGCAUAUGCCAACGACGCUCAAGUCGCCAUGUCGGAGGUCGUCUUCCACGGCGAGCCUCCACUCGGCGGUCCUCGUCAGCGAGCUCGUCCACCACCCGACGCAUCGUACGCUGCCCACCCGGAUAGUGUACCCGGCGGCCCACCUCCCGAAGAGCUGGGCAUGCUCCGUCCAUCUCAGGACGGCGUUCACUCGCAAACAUUCUCUGGUCCGCCGGCUCAGCCCGCUCCCCAGCGCGGCUUUGGCGCCACCCAGUUCUCUACGUUACCUACUCGUUUGGAAAGCUUCCACCGUGAAGAUAGCUUCGCUGCUGAAGUCGAGCAGGGUCUGGCCGAGCGGCGGCAAUCUAUGGACGGGAAGUCUUCAGAUCCGAACAAGCGCGCGUCUGAACAAUACUAUCCACCGCCGGCAGGCCCACCGCCUGGUGCAGCACCUCCACUUCACCCGUCCAUGCCUGAGGAGUCCGCGUACGGGGGAUAUGAUCCUGGCUAUGGUCCCGAAGAUUAUCAGAGCGUCGCGGCAAACCCGAACCGGAACUCGCAGGAUCCUCAGCCUCAGAGCCCGAUGUACGAGCAACAUCAACAGCAGUCCGAGCAGCAAUACGAACAACAGUAUGCGCCCCCGCCGGGCCCUCCAGACGCUGGUACACCGAGAAUGGGUCGGGUUCCAGUACCUCGUAUGGAGUCGCCUCAACCUACGGAGCACAGUGCAGAUGACCGCACGGAUGAGAGUGCGCUCAACGCAGCCGCAGCGCGCGAGGUUGCGCGCGAAAUGGACCAUCUGACCUUCAAUCCGCCGUAUCAGCCACCGCGACUGCCCACGCCUCAGCCUCCGGCGGAUGCCAAUGCCUCGAGUGGUUCAAGCCCCCCGACCGAGUCGCAACCAAGGCGCAGCUACUCGCCGAUCCCUGUGACGACGGAGCCGCCAGCCACAGCCAUGCCUGCAGCCCUGCCGCCGGCAUAUCAACUGCCUCGAUCACAAUCACCUCCCUCACAAGGGCCGCCAUACUCGCCUAUUCCAGUCCCCGAAUCACCUCCUGCCACGUCAGCGCCAUCUGCACCUCUACCAAGCGCCUACCUCCCUCGUACCGAUUCGAAUGGGACCAGCACUCCUCUAGGACUCGGACGUCCCGCCCCCUCCAUGGGUGGUCCCCGAACGAUCUCUGCCGCGGCGUUCCGUCGGCCUGCGCGAACCACAAGUGAUGCGACUGCAACACCGACCAGCCCCACUAUGCAUGCGAUGACACCGCCGGUACCAGUACCGAUCGCUGGGAUGGCGGACACGAGUCCGCUUGCCCUACGCAAGCGCGAUCAUGGUUCGAGCCCAUCGAAUGGCAGCGUCUCUAGCCCGCAUCAGAGCGGCUUCUCAACAGCUGGGUCGACGCCGAGCUUACGCCAGUUCCCGCCGCCACCCCAGGGACAGGGUCAUGGACAGGCGGUGCAUGAUGGUGGCGAAGAGGAGAACUUCGACUAUAUCUCUGCUUAUCUGGGUGGCGGCGAAGGGGAGGGACACAAACAGGACGGAGACUUCCGCUGA